GCGCGGGCCGCCCGGGUGGCUGGGCCGUGGCGGGGCGUUCCAUGGCCAGCGGCGUGGGACCAUGACCGAUUUCAGCGAGGAGCAGCGCAACGAGCGGGAGGCGCUGGAGUCCAUCUACCCGGACUCGUUCACGGUAUUAUCAGAAAACCCAACAAGUUUCACUAUCACAGUGACAUCGGAAGCAGGAGAAAAUGAUGAAACUGUCCAGGCAACCCUUAAAUUUACCUAUGGAGAAAAAUAUCCAGAUGAAACUCCACUUUAUGAAAUAUUCUCCCAGGAGAACCUUGAAGAUAAUGAUGUCACAGACAUAUUAAGCCUUCUAGAACAACAGGCAGAAGAGAACUUGGGGAUGGUAAUGAUCUUCACUCUAGUGUCAGCUGUACAAGAGAAAUUAAAUGAAAUAGUGGAUCAAAUAAAAACAAGACGAGAGGAGGAAAAGAAACAGAAGGAAAGAGAAGCAGAGGAGGCGGAAAAGCUAUGUUUCCAUGGCACUCCUGUUACAAUCGAGAAUUUCCUAAGCUGGAAAGCAAAGUUCGAUGCAGAGCUCCUAGAAAUUAAAAGAAAAAAGAUGAAAGAAGAAGAGCAAUCAGGCAAAAAUAAAUUAAGUGGAAAACAACUAUUUGAAACCGAUCAUAAUCUUGACACGUCUGACAUUCAGUUCUUAGAAGAAGCUGGAAACAGUGUGGAAGUGGAUGAAUCCUUGUUCCAGGAAAUGGAUGACUUGGAGUUGGACGAUGAAGAGGAUGACCCUGAUUACAACCCUGUUGAUUUAGAUAGUGACUAGACUGAAUUUGCUGAACUGGCUGUGUCAUUAGUAUGGGUGGACACAUGUAGGGAGAAAGAGGCAGUCAGGAAAGCCACAGCAUCUGUGGCUCUACCAAGCAUGUAUUGGUUUUCAUUUUUGAAGGAAAAAAACCAAACUCUUUUAAUUUCAGGAGAAUACUCUUCUGAUGACUUUCAUCGUAAUUAAUAAAUUGACUUUAACAUUUCAAAUGUGAAAUGUUAGGCAUAUUGUUAAUCUGUAUGAAGUCUAGAAAUCUAUACAUCUGUUCUCUCUCCCUUCCCACCUCAAUAACUGCCCUUGAAGAGAUCAGACAUGCAAGAUUGAAAAGGUGCUAGAGCAGAUGCUGCAUGUGCCACAAUACAAAGGUGUGCUGAACACCUAUUCUGUUCUCUUCAGCCUGAGAUACGCGUGGACGUUCUGGUGAAGAAAUGGGGAGUGCUUACUAUAAAGCUGCUCUAUCUGUGGGACUCUACAAUGCUUCAAAUACAACUUAUUAAUGGUGCUUCUAACCAUUCUCAUUCAUUAAUGGCUAUAGAGAGACUGACUGGUGGUGACCUUUCAGCUUAACACCACCUCCUCAGAGUUCCAUUUUAGAUGAUAUCCUUCCUCUUCCCCAUACUACAGCAGCACCAAUAACACUGCUGAUGUUAAAGAUAAAAUCGUUUCUACAUUAUAAAGGUGGUUCGAUAACUUGGCCAUUUCAGAUUACAUAGGGUUUAAAAUUGACAUCUUGGAUACGAUUUUUUUAAAAAAGGUAAAACCAGAGCCGUGAAAACCCUUUAAUUCCUCUUGUUUUCAAAUUUUAACUUUUUGGCCAUAAUCCAGACAAAGAAUUUGGAAUAAAGUUCUAAAGGAC